CUACGUCAAUUUUAUUUUACGCAGAAGCAGAAGUGUUUAUUGGGAAAACCAAAAAAUCUUUUCCCUAAAUAAUACCUGUAAUCAAAGUCAAUAAUCUAACUCAACGAGAUAGUUUGUUUCUAGUCACAGUUAUUGUAAUCACUUAUCUGCAGUUUGCGCUAUAACUAGUAAAUAUUUCACGUUAUAUGUCAAGCAAGAUCGAUUGAUUUUUAUUUUAUUUUGUUUUAUAAAAGUGGCUUAUUGAUAAAAUAGCUAAUGAAAUCACUUAAUGUGUGACGUCGCUCGGUUCCUCAUCGAUUCGGACAUGCGAUAAUGAGAAGUAGAAUUCGCUAGAUGAGUGAUGGAUGCUUGCGUUAAGAGCUCCCCUUGUAAGGAGUGUGAGGAUGUGGACAAUGAGCAGCUCGGAGCGGAAUUGGAGCACCUGCGGCAGCAUCUAGCUGAGCGGGACUCUCACAUAGUUGCCUUGGAGGCUGAGUUUGUCAAGACUACUAGCCGAGUUAAAGAUCUUGAUGAGCAAUUGCAUACUUGGAGAGAGAAAUAUGAGAGAUUGAAUGAUUCGCACAAAAGGGUGCAGAAAUUAAACCAAGUGUUAGAAGACAAGUUGCUGCAAAUGGUGGACAAGAUGAAGGGUGAGAAGAGCCAACUGACCAAAGACAUAGCCACUCUGUCCGUGAGGCUCGCUGAGUCUAAGCACAACUUCAGCAUGCUGCAGAAAGAAAAUGAAAGAUACAAAAACGAUAUGAACCUAGCAAUCCAACUGCUACAGUGCAAGCCUGAUAACUUUGUAUCCCAAAAACUGGAUAAUCUUCCUGUCGAUACACAAACACGGGUGUCGCAAUAUGUCAUGUCAAAAACAUCUAAACCAUCUAGCUCGACUCAGUCAAGAAAUGGUAAUGAAUUAGAUACUUUUGACGCAAGUGAGUACGAAUUUAAUAUUUCCGCAUCACUGAUGUCUAAAAUACUAGAAGAUAGUAUUCAGGACACGGUAACGAAACACUGUGAUACUUGUAUAUGCAUGAAAUCACAGAGUAAACCCUUCUGCUAUAAUGAGAGCUACUAUUCUGUGGCAACACAAACAUUUUUGAGUGGAGAUAUGAAGAAUUCCCUCUGCUUGAAUUGCAAUUCAGAAAUUAAAUCAGUCCAUUCCAAUAUAAGCUUGAGAAGUGCUUCACCACAUGCUAUUAAAUUAGUAAAUGAAAGAUUAGUUAACCAAGGUCCGUCAACACCUUAUAUCGUACCUCAACCUGUAGAUCAGUUGAAAGUCGUCUCUAUUAACAAUGAAGCAUCUAAUACUAGUUUUACUCAUAACGAAACAUCUAAAACAGAUGAAAAAAUACAACUCUUGCCAAAUGAUGAGAAAAAUAUUCCACCUAUAGAUGUAAAUGAUAUAAAGCAAAUGAGAAAGAAUACUGUGAACAUGGAACCGUCAGUUCAUCAUAAGCUCUGUGAUCGCACGAGGACUUCCAUUUCUAGCAAGAAAAGUAGUAUACAUAGUGUCGGCAAUGACGAACUUAUGAAGGAACUAUCAAAUCCUAAAGACGUCACUAAAGAUAUUAAACCAAUUAAUGAAAAUCAUUCGCUCGACAAUUAUAAUGUAAGGAAAAACUCCUUGGGUUCAAUGGGGGCUGUCAGUAGAACUUCUUCGGUAGCCAAAUCUACAGUCAGUACUCAUAAAUCGAACAAUCAAGUGGGUCCUGGCCCUCGGUUUUGCCAUUUACGAAUGCAAGCCGGCUCUAAGAAUAUUCUCUUAGAUAAUGCUCAGCCUGACGUGCCGCCCGUCUUAUACCGAAGGCAAAGUAAAUGCAAUGAAAACUCUAUCUUUAAAGAUCUGAAUGAUGGUAUGGAGAAUUUUAUGGAUAUAGAUAGGACCCAAGAUGAAAAAGAGGAUGCUAAAAAUGAUAAUGUAGUUGUAGAAAGCACACUCAUAGACGUUCAUGUCGAUAACCAUACCAAAGAAUGCAACACGAGCGUGAAAAGUCCUUCUAUCAAUCCUGUGCUAUUGAAUGUUUCUUCAUCGCCGUUACAACCAUUGAAGACGCAUACGUUCUCCAACAGUUCCGAGAACAAUAACAAUAAAUCUCAAAGUGUUGACAGUCAACAAAAUGUUUCGGAAACUGAUAAUAUCCUAAAUGAGUUUAAUGCAGAUAUGAAAAAUAUGCAAAACAAUAACAUUGAUGAUAUAAAAACAAUUGAUAAUGGUAAUAAACUAGACGUUCAAUCACCAACAGAAAGCCAGGGCGUUAAAAUAUUUAACUUCGAUCGUUACGAGCAGAAUAAACUCUCUAAUUUACAUACCAGGCCUAUAAGAAAGAUCGAUUUGUCGCAACUUCAUUCUAUUGAAAGCACAAGAAUAUCUAAAGAUUUUCGGCCGCUGGAUAAUCAUCAACAUCAAGUUCCAAAACACGAGAAGAAAGCAGAUCACAUUCCACCGAAAUCAGUUCUCCCAGCAGUAGUUAACGUCUAUCCAAACUUAACACAGACUCAUCUGAAGGUGAAUGAAACUACGAAAGUGUUUACGAACGAACAAAGCACAAGCUCGCUUUCUAGCGACGAUAGUGCCGCUUUACUGCAAAAACAGCAGUUGCUUAGAGUAGCAGAGUGGGUUGAAAAGAACUUAGAGCAGCAAAAUAAUCUAAACGAUCCUUUGGAAGACGAUGUGACCUACAGUAAUAGCGUAAUGAGAAGAGAAAGCAAGCUAAACCGACUAUCAGAAACAUUAAAUGAAUUGGCACUUAAUAUGCCACACCCGGUAAGCAAAUAUUCCAAGUCAUUCACUAGAGAUGGACUCAACAACUGGGUUCGCAACUCUGCAGCUCACAAUGACAAUGAUGAAAAACAAAAGCAUGCUAAUCCAAAGACAAAUAUCGGCAAAGAAACAAGUUUUCCGGUCGAGAGCAGUGAUGCUACAGUUACAGAAAUGAAUGAUAAUUCUAAGUCGAGACGUAACGCUAAUAGCGAUUUCGAUGUUGGUAAAGAAUUGCGAAAUGCUUUAAAGUCUAAUGACAGAGAGAUAACGGCUGAAGAAUUGGCGCGAAUGGAAUAUAAUGUGAAGAAGUUUUUACUGAGCGGACCGCACUGGACCAAUGAGACAACAGGUCGUAGCCGCCGUACCAGUAGCAAAACCGAGACUGAUGUAUAAUUCCGAUGUAGAUAGUUUGAUACAUUCCAUGUUCAACUUUCUUGUGUGCUGGAUGGACUUUCCAAAUUUUGUCAUACCAUCCGGGAAUCUGUUAUGUAUAGGUAUGUUUGUGAAGGGAAACUCUUAAGUCUAUUUAAUUUUAGAGACUGGAAGUGGAUAAGGUGGCCACCGCCAAAAAAUCGACUAUCACAUUUUAAAAUGUCAUGUAAUUUGAUAUUGAAGUAUCCGACCAACUUUUACAUGCUCUAUUUUAUUUGUAUCUAAAAUUGUUUUAGCAAUGAGAAAUACUAGAUAUUUAGUAUAUGAAUAUGACACGCGUACGUUCGUGCCAAGUUUCAAGGCAUGCCAUUUUAAAAUGUGUAUCUGCGAUUGCCGGCUGAUCUCGGUGUGUCUCUUAAAAUAAAAAGGUUUAUAGUUUUUUCUCUCUGUGGCGUUAGGCCCGCUAUCGACGCAUAGAUUUGAGGAUCACUGCACUGCACAGAGUAGUAAUAUGACGUAGUUCGUUUUAGUAGCUCAGUCUUUGUCACGCUUGUUAAUUAUUUGCCUGUUCUAAUAGGGAUUAUUACGCACAACUUUGCGCACAAAGUUCGAUAUGUUGCCUAUUUGUCGCACUUAUAUAACCGCACGUAUGUGUGACGGAGAAACAACACAUCGAACGUAUAUCCAUGUACAAACCGCCGUGAUGCAUUUAUGGCACAAUGAAAACUGUUUAAGGCAUAGUAUGUAUUGGUUAAUAUGGUUUAGUAUGUGCGAUAACAUUGCUGUAAUAUUCCCUAUUAAAUACAUUCGUUACGAUACUUACCUAUUUGUGCAAAUAUGACGAAUUGAAAAUGCACCGUUAGAUUACAGAAUUGUAAAACUAAGUAGCAACAUUUCUCUAUUCUAAAUUUUUUGUUUUUUAUUUUCAUUCGAAAAGUCGAUAAUAUUUUCGUAAUAAACUAUUUUAUAGUGUGGAUAGAGAAAUGGUUGUGAAUCAGAUCAGAAUGAUAUCAAGUGGCAGUUUUUCGACUAUAGGUUGUACUUUUGGGUACUUUUAAACGAUUUAAUAUGAGGUAGAAGCAAAGAUAUGUUAAAUUCUCAAAACCUAGUAGUAGUGUAUACUGAACAUUCGUUUUUCAAGCCUAA